AUGGCAUCACGGCUCAACUUCGACGCGGAUCAUCCCUACGACGACGACGACGAUGCCCACGCAGAGUCACGCUUCGGCGACAUCUCGGCCGCCGAGGCGGCAUUGAAGGCCAAGCUGUCGCGCAAGAGGACCAAGACCGGAUGCCUCACCUGCCGCAAGCGCCGCAUCAAGUGUGGUGAGGAGCGUCCCGUCUGCAAGAACUGCAUCAAGAGCAAACGACACUGCGACGGCUACAAUCAGCGCGUCGUCUUCAGACCCCCGACCUUCGAAUACCAUCCCGCCCCCAAUGGCGGCGCUCACAUCACCUUUCAAGCUGCUGCACCCAUCCCCGGUGCACAACAACCCCCUCCCUACCACGACAGCCAUGCCGCUUCCAUCGACCCCUCAGCAUCUGCCCCGCUCCAACCACAUGCUUUCGAGGACGGGCAUGUGAAUGUGUAUGACCUUCCCCGGCACCAACCGCCGCACUUCGCUGGCUUGGGCCGUGCGCAGCCAGCAUUCCAGCAUGACCAUUUCGCAGAUCCUGCAUACGAGUCCAUGUCGCAGCCUUUCCACUUCGCACCAUCCCAUCAACCCGUCUCAUACCCAGGUCCCAAUCUCUACACGCAAGCCCAGCACGUCUAUCAGCCUCCGCGAGCGCCAGAUACGCCCCAGCAACAUCUCGAUGCUCCCGGGCCGCGGGGUGAUGGCUUGCGGCAAGGCCCCGCGGUCCUGCACCACGACGAGCAGAAGCCCUUCCCACCUCGGGAGGGCAUGCCACCGGUCACCUCACUCGCGCACAUCUACCAGCAGCAUCCCAGCCAGCCGCCGCAACCCCAGGAACAUCGCGACUCCGUCCACGGCCACUUCCAAUUACAAGAUCAGGCUUGGUCCGACACCAAACCUGCAGUCAAAGCAGAGCAUGACUUCUUCCCGACUCCCGUCUCUUGCAAAUCCUCGCGCACUCUGUCCUUCUCCCAGACUCCAGUGACAGCAUCGCAGCAGCAAUGGGCGGCAAGCGGCCAGAUGCAACAGCACGGCCAGACCGCUCCCGCGGAAUACGCACGUCCCGUGGAGAGCACAUACGGAGGCUGGCCACAACCGCAUGCGCCGGGAUCGAGUCAACCAGCUCCGGCGGAUCACACCACUCCGGAAUAUUACGAGCACGAGAGCCACGCGACGCCCAAUCACACUCCGACAUAUAUGCUUACCGCGGCAGCUGUGGAGGCUCAGGACGAUGAAUACUACGAUGUGGGCUCGGAUGAAGAGGUGGAGGGCGAUGCGUACGCCGAUGAGCAGCAGGGCCACGAACAACAACAACAACAACAACAACAGACUCUGAGGAGGAUUCUGGCUGCGAACCACAUCAGCAGCCAAGGACUCCUGUCACGACGCUACGAUACCUUCCUCUACGAGGGAAUCCUCAAUCAUUAUCGAGUGGAAGAGGUCGCGAGUCCUCUCAAGAACCCAGCGACGGCGCGCGUGUUUGCUCACUUCAUCUCCGCGACCGGACCGAGUCUCUCCAUCUUCGAGCGACAUCCGAGGAACACUUCCGUCCUGUUCACCGAGGGAUCGAUCCCACUGUCGCAGCAAGGAUUGUGGACGUACCGCAUGCCCCGGGCGGCUCUGCGCAACCAGGGAUUGCUACAUGCGAUGCUAGCCAUGGCGAGCCUGCACAUCGCGAGACUCCAGAACGCGUCGGUAACCCCGUCGAUGCAGCACUAUGCGUGGGCUUUGCGGCGCAUACAUGCGUCGGUCGGGAAGCCCGAGAGACGACUGCAGGUCACGACAAUCGCGGCGACGAUGCUGCUGGGCUUCUACGAGAUCAUGACAGCAGACCAUCUGAAGUGGAACAUGCAUCUUGCGGGCUCGAAGCAGCUCUUCGUGGAGACGGAUUUCGUCAAGAUGACCAAAGGCUUUCGCAGGUUGAAGCGCGAGAGGCAUGAGAAGAUGAUGAGGCAUCAGGCGGGCAGAAGGCGGAGGCACAGUUCCGAGGAGCUCUUCUCGCAGGACGAUCUGUUGGACCAGAUAGCUGACGUGGACGAACGGGUGAUCAGCCGGCUGACGGGGAAAGAAGUACGAUACGAUGACCACGGCUCUGUUGGGGCUUCCUACUCCGGCAUUCCUCCAGCUCUGGACUUGGCGAGGUUUGAGAUCUUGAAAGAUCUGUACUGGUGGUACUGCAAGCAAGAUGUGAUCCAGAGUAUCGUCAGCGGCAAUCCUCUGCUGUAAGUGCCGACGAUUUCCGAUGUACGGACGUGCACUAACGAAUCCAUAGCAUGGACUUUAGUCGAUGGGCCAAUUGCCCUCCUCGAGCACCUCUGGGCAAGGGCGAUGCCGUGUAUGGGACAUUCGAUCAUCUUGUUUUGCUGCUCGGACGAAUCGCAGACUUCUCCUCUCGAGACCGAGAGCGGAAGCUGAAACAGAUGGAGUUGAACGGCGGGCAGUGGAGACCUGCUCCGGGAAUGAACAUACCACGCCCGCCGAACCAACAGCAGGCUCCACCGCCGACCCCCAUGUCGACAACGAGCAACGGAAUGCCUGGACAAGCAUUCCCGCAAGCUGGUCAACCAACGCCCGGCCAAGUCCCAGCAAUGCCGCAAUUCUACGGUAUGGCGCCAGCACCACGAUCCAACGUCCAUAUGCCUUCGUCCUACACACCAUCGGUUUCGAUACCAACACCACAGAGCGCCCAUCCGCCGUCCGCAUUCGACUACGAUUUGGAGAAGGAAACGGCAGCUGCGCUGCAAGAGUACGGACGGAUCCGCGCCGCGCUAAAUCUCUUCGAACAGAGCCUCGGCGAAGCGUUUGAGCCGCUCAAGUCGGAGUAUCAACCGCCGAUGGACACUCCCUUCGGAACCGCGCUCUUCUACCGUUCGUACGAUAUCGGAUGUCUCUGGGCUUUGUACAACAUGGCACAGCUCAUCGCUCUCCGAGCACAUCCCCACAUGCCCCCUGCUGCACAUCUGGCGGCGGCCAUCGCUGCCCGCGAAACGGCGUCCUACGCGAAUCAGAUCGGACGGAUUGCCGCCGGAAUCGUCCCCGGGCCAGAGAAUCAACCCCUCAACCCGAGUCUCGGCGCCGCUCUCUGCGAGAGCUGCAUGCCCUCCUUCUUCGCCGCGGUGCAGUACCGCGACUACGAACAGCGUCGCGCGACCGUCACGCGCAUCUGGAGCAUCGCGCAGCGCACCGGCUGGGGCAGCGCCGAGCUCAUCGCCAACGGCUGCGAGACGGCGUGGGUCAAGGCCGCCGCGGCCGGGCGUGGGCCUCCGUGGGAACGCAUCGCCCGGCCGGCGGAACACCGCGACGACCCGCGCCUGAAUGGCAGCUGGGAGCAUCUGGAUCCGAACCUGCCGCCGGACGAUCUCAAUAACGAUGAUGAUCGGAGACUGGUGGGCUCGAAGCCCGUCGUGAGACUCAAGUGGGCGAUUGGCGUCAUGGGGGUGGAGGAGGAUGUGGAGCGGAUGAUUCGGGUGCACGGGACGGGCGGGACUGGCAUAGGAUAG